ACGAUAUUCUUAAAACGCUUACAACUUACAACGCUUACAACGUCAUAACAUGUUUUGCAACGCUGUGAAAAUAUGUAUUUCAAAAAACGACGUCUGUCCUAUUACGCACUUACGAUAAAACGUUAACGACCUUUCUAAGGUUUUUACAACGUGGUUGCGGCGAAGUCUCGCAGAAUACGUAAUGAAUACAGGCUACGUCAGAGACUGUGGGAAGUCAUCUUUCCAAACCAACACCUUUCCCCCCACACCAAUUCAGUGAACGGGACCGGGCUGUUAUAUCAGGUACGGAUAAAACAUUUAAGUAGCACACCUUAUUUCCCGAGAGCAAUUUUUGUUGUCUAUUAAGUCAAAAAAAUAUUAACGUUUAUCGUAUUUCAAGUUUGAAACACCCUCAUUUUUCUCCUUUCUGAAUUAUUUUCAGGGCUCUCUCAUUAGAGGUGGCGAACUGGCUGAAAUAAAUCCAGCCGCUAACGGAUAUUUCUAAGCAGUUUUCGUGGAAUUGUAAACCUGGAUUCGCGGAUUGCGAAUAAUGAAGACGUCUGAGAUUAAGUGGGGCGCUUUUAACGGAGCGACCGAGACUAACGGGACGCGCGCGGAGAAAGUUCAGCACGUGCUCCAGCCAUUCUCAUCCACUGUCGCGCUUCUGGUGCUGGGAGUGGUCAUUAUAGGGGUUAUAUUACUGUCACUGGCCACCUACCACUUUCACAAACGCAAGAUGAAGAAGAGGAAGAUGCUGAGGGCACAGGAGGAAUAUGAGCGGGAUAACUGUGGCUCCUCUAUCCCGGUCAGAGAGAAGCCCGCGCUGAGCCGCUCCGUGGUCGCUCGCCCCGCUCCACCGCAUCAUCCGCCGACAAACACUGACGCUAAACACCGCGAGGGAGUCGUUUUGGAAGGGGUUACUGGCUGCUCGUAACGGGACGAAUGAGGUCUUUCUCAUUUCUGUGUCUUUGUAAAUAUGUAAGAUGAGCAGGCAUCUAUAAUCACUUUGUUCACAUUGGGAGAUGUGAUUGGCCUUUCCUACGAUCAUCGUAUGGUGGACUUUACAAAGUAAACAAAAUAAUGACUGUCCUUUAAUUUAAUAACAGCGGAGUACGAAUGCGUUAUGAGUGAAAAUCAAUGGAUGGUGAAACACAACAGUGGGCCAGUGCUUGAAAGGAAUGGGGAUUUGGGAUUCUCUCUAGAUGCUGUCCAAGGUGCUGAUUGUUUUUCUGUACUCCUUUAGUCCCUCAAAUUACAUUUACAGUACUUUUGAGUUGGAAUGGUUCUAAACGAGUAGUUGAGGUUACAUGCAAUAAAUGAAACUGUAGACUGUCUUGAUUUCAUGUGAACAUUUUUACAUGGCUGGUGUAAAUUGUCACAUGACCUCUGGUUUAAUUUCAUGUUUACAAUUUCAAAUGUUUUAAAUUCCAUAAUAAAAUUUUAAAUGGCCUGUUACUAUUGUAAGAUUUAGAUUGCUCUUUUCAUAGAGUCACAUUUUUGCCCCAUGGGAAACCAAGAGUCCCUUUUGAAUAGUUAACUGAUUUGAAUCACAUCAUAAUAGUGUAAAUGUCAAGGUAUUGUUACAUUAAUGAAAUGCAAAGUAAUAUUAAUUCAUUUUUACCUUU